CAGACUAGAGCAACGUGCUCCCAGUAAAAACACCGUAGGUGGAAGCGAGACAACCCCUGUUCGGCGAAUGAGCUGCCGUAUGUGUGUGCCAGGGCAAACGACUCUCACAUAAGUUUUAGGUUUUUCGUCGUUGUCGUCGCCGCAACUCCGUUUUCGACAUUAUUUUCUUAAACGUUUAAUGCACUUAAAUUGUGUCUUUCCUUUUGCGUUAGUUGUGUGUGUUUCACCUCCGCGUGCGUGUGUAUCCCGCCCCUACCGCCCUCAUGAAAACAAAGAGGAAAUAUACAACAAAUGUAGUUUAUCGAAUGAUUAACCAUUACUCAUAUGAUUUUAAUGGCUUUAACAAAUGAAGAAAUGUAUUAUAAUUGUUAAUACCAUUGCGUAAAUAUGUUGCGCUUGCGUGUGGCCCAAAAAAUUCGAAUUGAGCGAAAGUAAGGAAGAAAGAGAAGAAGAAGCAGAGAGUGCAGCACACACGAACGCCAGCAGAGGAGGCAGCAGCAGCGACGCAGCAGCAGCAGCAGUGGAAGUGCAAGUGCAAGUAGAAGCGGGACGAACGGGAUAGCCAAGCAACAAUAAAGCCCUGAAGCUGAAGCGACUGCCUAGAAAGUUAUAACAAGAAGGCCAAAAAGCCGGGGAGAGGAGCUCUGACGAGAGGACAGCGCAAGCAGCAGGCAAGGCACCGCAUAUCCACACACAACACUGUCUCUCUCUCUCACGUAGAGGUUAAGCACUCUUUCAAACACACACACAGAAGCACAGACAAAAUGGAGCUGCGCGUGGGCAACAAGUACCGUUUGGGCAGGAAGAUCGGAUCGGGAUCCUUCGGAGACAUUUACCUAGGAACCACAAUCAACACUGGCGAGGAGGUGGCCAUCAAGCUGGAGUGCAUCCGCACAAAGCAUCCCCAACUGCACAUCGAAUCGAAGUUCUACAAGACAAUGCAGGGCGGGAUCGGCAUACCGCGGAUCAUCUGGUGCGGCAGCGAAGGUGACUACAAUGUCAUGGUGAUGGAGCUGCUGGGCCCCUCGCUGGAGGAUCUGUUCAACUUUUGCUCGCGCCGCUUCUCGCUGAAGACGGUGCUGCUGCUGGCGGAUCAGAUGAUUUCGCGCAUCGACUAUAUCCACUCGCGCGACUUCAUCCACCGCGACAUCAAGCCGGACAAUUUCCUCAUGGGCCUCGGCAAGAAGGGCAACCUAGUGUACAUUAUCGACUUUGGCCUGGCCAAGAAGUUCCGCGACGCCCGCUCCCUGAAGCACAUCCCCUAUCGGGAAAACAAGAACCUGACGGGCACGGCCCGCUACGCCUCGAUUAACACACACCUGGGAAUCGAGCAGUCGCGCCGCGACGAUCUUGAAUCCCUGGGCUACGUCCUCAUGUACUUCAACCUGGGCGCCUUGCCCUGGCAGGGCCUUAAGGCGGCCAACAAGCGCCAGAAGUACGAGCGCAUCUCGGAGAAGAAGCUCUCCACCUCGAUAGUGGUGCUCUGCAAGGGCUUCCCGAGCGAGUUCGUCAACUACUUGAACUUCUGCCGGCAGAUGCACUUCGACCAGCGCCCCGACUACUGCCACUUGCGCAAGCUCUUCCGCAACCUGUUCCACCGGCUGGGCUUCACCUACGAUUAUGUGUUCGACUGGAAUCUGCUCAAGUUCGGGGGCCCGCGCAAUCCCCAGGCGAUCCAGCAGGGCCAGGAUGGCACCGACGGCCAGGUGGGCCACGAUGCAGUCGUCGCGGCGGCAGCUGUGGCGGCGGCCGCCGCCGCCUCCUCGCACCAACAGCAGCACAAGGUGAACACGGCGCUGGCCACAGCGGGUGGCAGCACGCAGCAGCUCCUCGGCACCAGCUCCCAGGGCGGCCAGACCCUAGCGAUGUUGGGCGGCGGCGGGAAUGGAGGCAGCCAGCUUAUUGGCGGCAACGGAGGCCUCAACAUGGACGACUCGAUGGCGGCCACCAAUUCAUCGAGACCGCCCUACGACACACCGGAGCGCCGUCCCUCGAUACGGAUGCGCCAGGGUGGCGGCGGCGGUGGAGGCGGUGUCGGCAGCAUACAAAGCGGCGGUUUGGUAGGCGACGUGCGGAACGCUAAAUAAUAUUUUAUGGUCUAGAUGCAGCAGCGCUGGACACAGUAGACAAAAAACUCAGCAACUAUACGUGUAGAAUACAUAGUUAUAUAUAUAUGACCAAUAUAUAUAUACACCAACACACCCACACACCCACACACAUGCUUUAUAUAUGCCGUAUAAUGCAGGAUGACCUGGUCCCUGCCCCCACAGACACACAUACACACAUCGAGAGAGGAAGAGGAAAAUAAGGAGCUAGCAUUGGAGUGGAGAUGAGAUGAGAGAAGAUGAGAGAAGAUGAGCGAAGAGGAGCGAAGAGGAGAGGAGAGGAGCAGAGCGGAGCGAGCGCUUUUCUUGAUUUGUACAUUUUCGUUUUGUUGCGGCUUUGACAUGGACGGACUUCCGCUCCCGGAGGAUCGAGAUAGGGCGUGGCAAAGCUUAUUAAUUAAUUACCUAGACUACGAUUAAUUUAAAUUAUAAUUUUAGUUGAUAAAACGAAUGCGCCAAUUGGCUGCAAGACGGGUAGAAACGGAUAGCAACAUCUUCCACAUACACACACACACUCAAGAAGAUCAGUAGAUCAUGGGAAAGUGGUGAGCGAAGGAGAAGAGGAGGAGGAGCAAAGAGCUAGCAUUUAACUACAGUACUGUACGUUUACACUGUGCAACACAAGAACACUACACGACACUAAGCCACACACGCUUGAAAGAGUGCAUUUGUGCCCAAAUCUUCCUCUUUGCUGAAUUUUUUUGUUUGUUAAUUUUUUUGUUUGUUUCCACUCAGCCCCCGCCCCCCACUGAACGGAUCACUGAACAAACCAACAAGCAAACGCUGAUUUAUAUUCAAUUAAGAAUAUAUAGAAGCGAUAGCAGUAGUGUGGAAGCCCUAUCAUUGAAAAUUUGAAUGUAAGUGUAAUAUUUGUGUAAAAGAAACAAAGGACACUCCACUCGUCGGGGUGUCCCUAACCUUAGUCUAGAGAUCUAGCGAUAGCGAAACCCGAUGCAACCCCAACCCCAAACCCCAACCAAUCCUAGGUUAAGCGAUCCCCCCAGUUACAGAUAAGUUUGUCGGGGCACUGUCAUUACGAUAUCAUCGAUGAGAGGGUUCUUUAGCUUUAAGCAUAAAUUUGAUUUGUAAUGCCCCAAACCCCGCACCCCCCAAUAUGUUACCAUAUAUCUGCUACAACCAUAUAUAUAUAUAUAUAUGCUAUAUACUUUUAUGGUCUGCGCUUUCGCUGGAUGUGUUCAUAUAUUUCUCCAUUGAAAACUGUUCAACUGCGCGCAUUUCUCGAGUAGAAGAAGGGAUCCUUCCAUCAAGAGGAUCGACCCCAAGGGAUGUAACUAACAUAGAGAACAUAUGAAAAACAAGCUAAAAAUAGCAAUAGAGAAAACAAAACAACAAACAAAAACCUUUGCAUUAACAUUUCGAGUAGAAGAACCCGUCAGUCGUCGACGGGCACUAAAAUUACAUAACGCUAGCUAAUAAAUUAUAGCUAUAAUAUGAAAUUUGUCUAUAAGUAAUACCAAACCGUAAAGAAUAAAACAAAAAAUGCAAAAAAAAAAAA